UGUCUGAGUUCUUAGUCUGUCUGUAUGGAACAGACAAACACAUUUUCUCGCUCUCUCACACACACAGUUCUGUUCUCUUCAUCUCCCAUCAAAGCAGUUUCCCAACUGACUAAUAAAAGCAGGGUUUCACAGAGACCGACCAACUUUUCUCACGCUUGAAACCCGUGUCUAUCUAGAGCUAUACUGCUCUUGCUGCGUUGAAUGGCGUCCUGAGUCUCGCUCUGCCUACUACUGGAGUAUGUGGUGGUUCCAGAGGGGGGUAUGUGCCCUCCCUGCAGCCCUGGUCACCUGGUCCUUAGCCACCUUCGUUGUCAGUUAUGUCACCGCUGUGCUGCUGGGCCACGUCGACCUACUAGUGCCCUACAUCAGUGAUGCCAGCGCCGUGGUUCCCGAACGCUGUGUCUUUGGGUUCAUGCUGAGCAUCUCUUCCUUUUUAGGUGUAGCCACUGUCUAUGUGCGAUACAAGCAUGUCCAGGCUCUGGCACUAGGGGGCGAGCUUAAACUGCAUCGACUUAACUGUGCUGGCAUGGUCCUGGGUAUCAUGAGCUCAGUGGGCAUGUGCGUCGUCGCCAACUUCCAGAAAACCACCAUCAUGUCAGUGCACCUGCUGGGGGCGGGGCUGACCUUUGGCUGCGGGGCGCUCUACAUCCUGGUUCAGACGGGGGUGUCAUACCACAUGCAGCCUCGCUUCCACGGCCGAGACAUCCUGUGGGCGCGCACCGCCAUGGGGCUGUGGACAAUGGCCAGCGUCAUCAUCUUGUUUGUGUCGUCAGCCAUUCUGUUUGAUGACCUACCAGGUGUGGACAGAAAAAUACGCUGGAGACCAGAAGAAAUGGGUUACACAGCCCAUCUGGUCAGUGCUGUGGCUGAGUGGUGUCUGGCCUUCUCCUUUAUCUGCUUCUUCCUCACUUACAUCCGCGAUUUCCAGAAAAUCCAGUUGCGGGUACAAGUUGUCAUGCAGAGUAAUCACUUGUACGACUACGCCCAUUACAACGUGAGAGAGCAUGCCCACCAUGGAGAGCACUCGCCACUGCUAGCUGGGAGCGUCUGACUACACUGCCCCCUUCUGUGGCCACACUGCAGUCCCACCCCAGGAAAAGCAUCUCUGUGCCCGGGAAAUUACUUCCCUUCAUCUCUUGCUAAAUGGAAGGAUUGAAUAGGUUGGAACAAUAAUGCAUUUGCCCACGUGAUUUGGAGUCUGUAAUUUAAGGAAAGGAGGUAAGAGGAUGCCAUUGGAGACUCAGCACUUCAUCGACCGAACAACUGUGUUGUGUUCAUUAGGUCACACAAUGGAAAAUUUGUUUCCUUAUUGGAUCAGUCCAGGCAGUCCCUCCCUGCUUCAGUUUGGGUCCUAAUGAACACGAGUAAAGAUAUUUAGUGGGUCAAAAUGUUAAUUGAAAGUGUGAUGCAUCAGCUUUGACUUACGGUCCAUGAGUUAGCUUUUUCUAUAUCUGUAUUGUACAGCUUGCUGAAAACAUUUCUGGCAUUUUACUUUUCUACAAAUAAAUCUGUUUUUAAUGACUUGUCAAAAUAGCAA